UGGCCUGAUGGGCCACGUGGCUCAUAUGCAGACUUUUCCUUUGCCUUGACGUAAUGUAGGAAAUUUUAAUACAAAUGUACUAGUCAUCUAAGAUCCAUUCUUUAUUUGUAGAGAACAAGAGGUUUUGCACAAAGAUUUCAUGACAUUAGAGAAUUCUAACAAAUCAAUAGAGAACUUCAUUUUCUUGCUCCUUGCUUUAAUUUAAUAGCAUGCAAAGGCCAGAGUUGUGGAGUACACAGAGAGGAAAAACAAGAAAAUGAAAGGGGAGUCAUCAAACCAAAAAGAUAACUUGAAACACAGUUCCAAUGUUGACAAAAAUCAGCAAGAGAAACUUGUUUUGGAGGAGAGUCCAAAGUGGAAGCUACUAGCAGAGGUCUUGGACGAAAUUGAACGUGAUGAUGCCAAAAAUGAGUCCAAACUUGGCCCCGGCCAUGUACUGAUAGCUGCUUAUGACGAGAGAACAUGUUCACAGCUCAGAGAUUAUCUCUGUGAUGGUGGUGAAGCUGUGCUUAAACGCCUUUACAACAAGCUGCUUAAGAAUCCAACAACAGUGGCUGAAACUACUGGGACAGCUUCUUUCAGUGGUGAAACUGUGCGGAGUGAUGCUGCUGCAGACAUCGCUAACAAAACGGAUUUACCAUCAUCGAGUAAACGGAAACCUAAAGCCAAGGCUGGGGGAAAAGGGAAAACGAAAGGGAAAGUUGCUGCGUCAAAGAAAACUGCUCGCACAGAUGACUCAAACGAUGGAACCAAUGAACCGACAGCACAACCAUUUAAAGGCUCAAGAUCCAAUGUUAUCUUACGGCAAGGUGAUGAGGCAAAGAAUCCGCAAACAGAAGAUGAUUCCCAUCCAGUAAAACUGCUGUCAUCGCGUGUGAUUGUCAUUCAUCCUUUGACGGGAUGCAGUGAUCGCUACAGUCUGUUGAGGACUCUCUGUGAGGUCGAACCACGUUAUGUUGUGCUCUAUGAUGCACAGAUGCAGUUUAUACGUCAGCUAGAGGUUUACAAGGCUUCAAGACCUGGAGUUCCUCUUCGGGUGUAUUUCUUAAUCUACACUGGCUCUGUCGAGGAACAGAAAUACUUAACAACUCUUCGAAAAGAAAAAGAAGCAUUUGAGGUGCUGAUCAAAAACAAAGGAACCAUGGUUGUCCCAGAGGAACGUGAAGGAAAGACAGGCGCAGCCAUGAUGUUGAGCCGAGACCCAUCCAAGGCGACUGAUGCUGUGAGCACCAGGAAAGCGGGAGCACAGGACGGACAAAAUAAGGCAUCUAGAAAGGUCAUUGUCGACAUGCGUGAGUUUCGAAGUGAGCUUCCUUCUCUAAUACAUCGGAGAGGAAUUGAUGUAGAACCUGUCACGUUAGAGGUUGGAGAUUACAUUCUCACUCCAGAUAUGUGUGUUGAACGAAAGAGCAUCGGUGAUUUAAUAGGAUCUCUAAACAAUGGCAGGCUGUACAACCAGGCUGUUUCAAUGACUAGAUUUUACAAAAGACCCAUUCUCUUGAUUGAAUUCGACCCUAACAAGUCGUUUUCACUGCAGGCAAAAUCUAGUUUGUCCAGUGAAGUUUCCGUUAAUGACAUCUCAUCUAAGUUGACUCUACUUACACUUCAUUUUCCAAAGUUACGAAUCUUGUGGUGCCAUAGUCCUUAUGCAACUGCAGAGUUAUUCGAUGAUUUGAAGGCAAAUAACCCGGAACCAGAUGCUAACACAGCUAUGGUGGUUGGAUCUGACCCAUCAGCAGCUGCCUCUGAUGUCACGUACAACAUUGGCCCGCAGGACUUUAUUUUGAAGCUGCCCGGAAUAACGUUCAAGAACUACAGGUCUGUCAUGAGAAACGUCGAGAGUAUUCAAGAACUUUUCACGUUGUCGCAAGAAAGACUUGCUACUGUUUUAGGCAAUGCUGGCAGCGCCAAGCAAUUGUGGGAAUUCAUUCACAACGGUAACAAAGCUCAAACCUUGAAAGCACAAACGACUACCCAGCGAAACCGCCGGUAAUCUAUAACCAAAUAGUUAUAAAACGACAAAGCAAGAAAAAGAUUUUCGUUUACUACAUCAUUCACUACGCGGUGGAAAAGAAGUGACAAUGUCGUUGUGAUGGUGAAAAUUUGCUAAUAGUUUAUAAUCAAAAGCAAUUGAUGCAAUAAAAAGGCGCUUUUCAGGUCAUACGACUGCGCUGUAAACCCCAAUACCGAAUAUGCAUUCUGUAAUAUUAAAACAGAAUGAGUGUUCUGUAAUUUUUGAUGUUUAUUUAUAAGAUGGGACCAAUUGAUUACCAUAUGUUUAUUGUUUUUGAGCUUGAAAACAAUAAAAAUUGAAUAUCAAAUAUUCGUUUCACAAGUUCGAUACAACAAUCGUUGUUCGAUACAAUAUUCGCGAUCGAUUUGCACUGACCUCUCAUAUUGUAUCUAUCACGUAUAAUCAUCGAACAUUCAUCUUGAGAAAUCGAAAACUCGCUUACCGUUGAUCAUAACAAGAGCUUGCUCCUAGAGCGUUCUCAUUGACCAAGCUGUUACGUAAUUUCCCGCGAGAAUGGACAGCUGCAUAUCACAGGUCCGUUCUUGUGCACCUUACCCAUAUCUCAGAUGAGAAGCAGAGGCAGUAGAAUCAUAAAUCACUGUUGUCAUGACAACCUUAAUAUCUCCACCUAUUCAUAGAGCGUUGAAUCCAAGAUGGCGGAUAUUUUCGAUGUAAGUGACGUCAUUGUCGCGCCAUAUUACAUCAUCUUUAGCACAUUAUUUAAGGACGUUUGCGCUAAUUGUUUCUGCGCAUCCUCACUACGCGCGCAAAUUCACACGCGUCAUGCAUGAGAGCGCGCGCUAAGUCAUAAAAUGAACAAUGAUAGGGCAGAUGGCCAUUGC